AUGGCAAUUGCACAUAAUAUCCACAGGGCAUCGGGAUUAGACAGCGAAAUCACACCCAGGGGGAGAGAUGGCGUUUGCAGUGACGAUGUUAUCGAUGAAUUCCAGGCUCACAGCCUCGAGUCUCAAGGUACAGACAUAUCCGAAGUGGACUCCGGGAUGGGAUCGGAUGACUACGAUCUGUUGGAGCUGGGUGAGGCUAGCUCUGAUUAUUGCCGGGUAGGCAGCCAGUGUUGCCUCAUCCCGUUUGAAUUGUAUGAUCUCCCGGACUUGAGCUCUAUACUGUCCGUGGAAACAUGGAACGACUGCCUCACUGAAGAAGAGCGCUUCGCCCUUACUGAAUACCUCCCUGACAUGGAACAGGAGAUGUUUUCUCUGACAAUUCGGGAGCUGCUCUCUGGUGGCAACUUCCACUUCGGUCGUCCGCUUCAUGGCCUAUUUGAGAAGUUGAAGGGUGGGCUCUGUGAACCCAAGGUUGAUCUCUACUGCCGUUGUAUGAAUUUUUUACAGAUGCGCAAACAUUAUCAUCAUCUCCACGAGUACCAGAAGUGUAUGGUCGAUAGUCUUGUUUGUAUGAGGAAUGCUUGGGAGAAUUAUUCAGGUUAUGGUGUAGAGGAGAGGCUUAGACACUUGAACAUGCUGAAAAGUCAAAGGGCUUUGGGUUAUACUAAGAAUAAAAGACCCAAGGUGGGUCAAUGGGAUAUAAAUCCCAUGAAACCUUCCCUUGGCAUGCAGUCGUCUACAGCGUUUGUAGCCUCAGAGCAGAUAAGAAAGGGGGAAAGUUAUCCAAGAGGAAUCUUAAAGGUUUCUCAUAUGAAUGCUUCUUCAAGGAGGGAGUUCACUGGACCACCGAGCAGGUUUUUUUCGUUAAGUCAGGAGCUGGAGCCGGAUUGCAGGCCGUUACCUUCCCCAUUGCCUCAUCCCAGUCAGGAUCCAGUGACAGGGUUUGAAUUGAAGUCUACUGGAACUAGUAGAAGCCUGAAAAGAGAUGCCGAUGUUGGUGUGGAAUGUGGAAUGGCCAUUCAACCGGGGAGGAGGGUUGCCAUUAGUAGAUUGAAGAAACGCAGUAUGAAGGUAGAGCACUUGAAAAGGAAUGUUCAACAUGCCAUUGCUGAGGAGGACCGAGAAGGAAAUUCCUAUGAUCAGUGUUCUCUUGAUCCCCCGAUGAAGGAUAUGCAUGCCGAGUGGAAUGGCCUAUUGAUGCUGGAAGGGGGCCAAAUAGACUGUCAAGGUGGAAGGAAACCUCGUAAAAACCGAGUCCAAGAUGGAGGAGUUGGUAUGAAUGCUGUCUGGACAAUUGGAACCAAGAAACGGAAGGCUGGGCAAGGUCAGAAAAUUAUGGCCGGGCCCAGUCCUGCACCGAAUUAUGGUCUUUAUUCUCAAUCUGGUCACAAUGUCGGGAGAAAAUUAUUGAAAUUGAGAGGAAAACAAUCUGAAAAUGGAGCGCAUGAAUGCAUCAGAGGUAGUGGAGUACCUGCGCAGAAUGAAGAAACGGAGUCAGACUCAUCAGAGAAGGGUGAGAGAGAUAAUAUUUCCUUGAACAAGCUUAAACAUCUAGGUCAUGCUAAUGGGAUGGUCGAGAAAAAUAACAAAAAAAUUCAAAAGGGCUAUGACCAGCAUCUUGAUCAAGAAAAUUCGCCAGGUACACCUUCCUUUCAGUCAAAGGGAAAAAAAAUUAGGUCUAGGGGAACAAAGUUGAAGGGGAAUACUUCCAAGAGCUUCUCUACUUCCACCAAAUUACCAGGUAGUCAGAAAUCUAACUAUAAAUGGACAAAGAAGGGAAAAAUUCAUGACGGUCAUAGGGAUGACUUGCCGCUUCCAGUAUCUAAGGUGAAGCCUGCAAAACAAAAAAAUAAAGCUUUGGCUGAUCCAGUUGACAAAUUGCCCCGCGAAGAUUAUCUGCAGGACUAUGCAGGUGGUAUGCUGGAUGCGGAGAAAGAUAGAGCAGAGAACACAGAUAGAGCAGAGAACAAAGAUCAAGUGACUGAAGUUGUUGGAUCUGAGUUCUACCAGCAUGCAAAGCGGAACACGGUAAUUAUGGGCUGUGAUUCUGUUAAAAAGGGACUGAAAGGAAAGAAGGCUGCUAAGCAUACCGAUGUUCUUGAGGACUGUGAUUAUACACAAUCUCGUACAAAGAGGAAGAUCAGGCAUCCCAAUGUGACAAGGAAGGCAAACAAAGAGGUGUCUCAGUCCGGUUCUUUAUCAUCAGUCACUCCUGAUCCGAACAUGUGGGAAAGAGAGUCAACAGAUGUUGAGGCAGAACUAUCGGCCACCCCUACAGCGCACACUGGCCUUUCGUUCUCUAUUACUCACCUUCUUUCAUCAAUACGAAAAUCCAUGAUUACUUUUAAUUCAGAGGAGGCCACUCAUAUUGUCAAUGGAGCUAAGAACAAUGAUGAAAAACAUGGGCCUGCAGUGGCAGACAGUGGAGCCCGUGCUUUCCAUUCUUUUGACUACUUGGAGGGAUGCUCUUCGGAUGGCCGAAACAAAUUGUCCUCUCUUACUGUUCGAGAGAUUGUCAACUAUGUUAGAGCAAACCCGGGUGAUCCCUGCAUUCUCGAGAUGCAAGAACCUCUGGAGGAUCUUGUCAGAGGUGUCCUAAAAAUUCUUGCUUCCAAAACAGCACCUUUGGGAGCAAAAGGGUGGGAAGCACUCGUGGUUUAUGAAAAGUCUACUAAAAGCUGGUCUUGGAUUGGCUCCAAUUUCGUCUUGCGCAUUGAUCUGGGUGCAGCUGAAGAGGAAACUUCUUCUGAGGCCUGGGGAAUCCCUCAAAAGACGCUAGUGAAGUUAGUUGAUGCAUUUGCUAAUUGGCUGAAAAGUAAACAGGAGGUUCUUAAGAAAAUUGCAAAUCUUCCACCACCACCAAUUAUGAUGCUGCCCUACUUGGAUGAGAAGGAAAGGUUCAGGGACCUAAGAGCUCAGAAGAGUCUGGUUACCAUCAACCCAAGCUCUGAUGAAGUGCGGGCAUUUUUUCAAGCAGAGGAAAUUUUGAGAUACUCGAUUCCAGACAAGGCAUUUUCAUACACUGCAAUUGAUGGCCGAAAAUCCAUCGUUGCUCCCCUUCGAAGGGGCAGUGGGAAGCCAAUAUCCAAAGCUCGAGGCCAUUUUAUGCUUAAGCCUGAUCGCCCACCACAUAUUACCGUCUUAUGCCUGGUUAGAGAUGCUGCUGCCAGGUUGCCUGGAAGCAUCGGCACCAGAUUAGAUAUCUGUACCUUGAUAAGGGACUCACAGUAUCUUGUGGAACAUGUUUCUGAUGCACAAGUCAACUCUGUUGUCAGCGGAGCUCUUGAUCGGUUGCAUUAUGAACAGGAUCCUUGUGUUCAGUUUGAUGGAGACAGAAAAUUAUGGGUCUAUUUGCACGGGGAUAGAGAAGAGGAAGACUUUGAGGAUUUGGGUACCUCAUCAAUGAAGAAAGCUAAAUGGACUAGAAAAGAUAGUAGAGAGCAUGCUGGAACGAGAAUGACAACUGAUGGAAGUUUCUCUGACAUUGGUGAUUUAGAUGCAGUUGACUCUUGA